AUGGCGUCCCAUGAUGCUAUCACCACCGCCACCGCCACCGCCGCCGUUUCAGAGGUGGCGCCUGUGUUCCAUCCCACGAUGUCAGAGGAAAGGAUGACAGAGAGGUCCAAUCAACUAAAGGAGAAAAUAAUUGGGUUAUUUUCGUGCAGUGCCAUAGUUGAGCAACUGUACCUUGUAGACACACUCCAACACCUGAGCGUAGAUCAACAUUUUCAUGAACAAAUUGACUCCACAUUAAGAAGCACUCAUGCUGGUGAAUUCAAUAGCUCUAGCCUUCAUGAUGUCGCCCUUCGGUUCCGCAUACUGAGGCAGCAAGGCUUUUGGGUUUCUCCAGAUGUAUUCAGCAAGUUCAAAGACGAAGAUGGGGCCUUCCAUGUUAACGUAACUAACGACCCAAGGGGGCUAUUAAGUCUAUACAAUGCAGCAUACCUUUUUAUCCAUGGGGAGACAGAACUUGAAGAAAGCAUCUCGUUUGCGAGGCGGCACCUCGAAUCGAUGGAAGGUAAGCUUGAGUACCCAUUGGCAGAGCAAGUCAGGCGCGCCCUUCACUUACCACUGCCAAGGACCUUGAAGAGAGUCGAGGCGCUGCAUUAUAUGUCAGAGUACAAACAAGAGCCAAUGCACAACUCCUCCAUUCUGGAGUUUGCCAAACUGGACUUUAACCUUCUGCAACGUCUCCACUUGAAGGAGCUCAAGGCCCUCUCUAGAUGGUGGAAAAAUCUUUACAGAGAAGUGGGGCUAAACUACUCGCGGGAUCGUGUGGUUGAGUGCUACUUCUGGGCGUAUACGGCAUACUACGAGAAAGAGUAUACACAUGCAAGGAUGAUUCUCGCUAAGAUAAUCGCAAUAAUAAUAAUGACAGAUGACACUUACGAUGUCCGUGCUACUUUGGUUGAGUGUAAACAGCUCAAUGAAGCUAUACAAAGAUGGGAGGAGAGUGCUACUUCUCUUCUACCAGAGUACUUGCAGAAGUUCUACCUCAAGCUCAUGAGCACCUUCAAGGAGUUUGAGGACGAAUUGAAACCGGAUGAGAAGUACCGUGUCGCUUUUAGCACAAAAGCGUUUCAAAUAUUAUCAAACAACUAUCUCCAAGAAGCCGAAUGGUUUCAUCAAAAUCACAAGCCAAGAUUUAAUGAUCAAGUGAAGGUAUCUAGUGUGUGCUCAGGCGGACCAUGGGUAUGUGUUGGGUUGCUAGUUGGUAUGGGCGAUACUGCAACCAAGGAGGCACUGGAAUGGGCCCUCGGUUGCACCGAUGCUGUCAGGGCUUGUGCAGAGGUGACACGUUUCAUGAAUGAUCUUGCUUCCUUUAAGCGUGGAAAGAACAAAAAUGAUGUGGCCAGCUCCGUGGAAUGCUACAUCAGUGAGUACGGCGUGGCGAGUGAGGUUGCCAUUGCCAAGAUAGGGUCUCUGAUUGAAGAUGCAUGGAAGACUACGAAUCAAGCACGCUUUGAGCUCCCUGAGCUGCUUCCGGCGGUGCAGCGAGUCGCAAAUAUAACGAUCAGCAUGCCCUUCAUGUAUGAUGACAAGACAGAUGCUUUUACGUUCAGCAGCCGUCUUGAGGGGACGAUUAAGCGACUGUUUGUCAAUCCUAUUGAGCUGUAGACAUGAGGAUGUGGUACAUGCCUGUUCAUGAAAUCAUCCACCGACAGAAGCGCCAGCUACCCCGUGCAAACAAAAGAUGUAUCAGGACACUCCCAAUCUGCUGCACCUUGGCUUGAUCAUUAUCUUUGUGAAAUUUUACUAUGAAUGUAAUAAGGCCUGUGUUAUUUGCUAUUACUUGAAAUGCA